CCACCUCUUCGCCCAAUUGACGAGCAAACAUUUGCAACACACGAUCGCCUCGAAAGCCCCGAAAAGACACUCAAUCGCUCACAAUGGCCGUCAAGCCCAUCACUGGUAUGCUCCGACGAAACCUCGUCCUGGACCUUGGUAUCUCUUUCGGCAUUGGCUUCGUUAUGGCCAACUGGUUCUGGUACGGCUACCACAUGCCUCGCACCAACGCCCGUGACAACUUCUACGCGAAGCUGGAGGAGAAGCGUGCCUCGAACGCCUCGCAGUAAAGGCAACACAAACCGAAAAUGACAUCACGCACGGCGAAAUAGGUGGGAAUCGGCUGGGUAGACGUUGUUUGUCGAGAGGAAGUUGGGUGCGAUCCUUCGCUUGACGGGAUGUACAAUAGAGAAGGCAAAUGAUGGCUGGACGGAGCGUCUCGUUGACUUUGCGGAGGCCGUUGCUACUCCUGUUAUUUCUACAACGACCAAGCUUUUCCUUUGUACACGGCUAC